AUGGAGGUUGCGUCGCAUAGCAAUCUCCGCUUUGCGCCAUCCGGGGAAGCCAACUUUAAGCCACAAUCCCCCCUUCAGCCCUUGGCACAGCCAGUCCGGGAGCCCGCCCGGCGCCACCGCGGCACGGGGAGGGUUGUGUCCUGGGCACCACACCACGGGCCAGAGACCGGAGAGGAGAACACGGCCGAUCCGGGGCCCUCGUCACACCGACCCGGGCGGCAUUGA